AACCAGGAAGCUCAGUUAAAAGAGGAAAGAUGCUGAAUUGAAGCGUCAAGCUCUUUACGCCAAACAAGGUCGUAGCUCUCAAUUUAGAGAUCGUGGAGAGAGGGACGCGUGGUUAGGGAAAGAAAUACAGGAAAUUGAUCGAACAGUGAUGGCCCAACAACAACAGGCUAAUGACUUAGAAUCUCAAAUAAACAAUUUAACACAAAGCAUUGAAAGAGUUUCUGGGGAAAUACAGAAUACUCGAAAUAAGUUGGAACAGAGAAAAGUGAACCUUGAAGAAAUGAAUAAUCAAUAUAAUGAGCUGAAAGCUCAAAGAGAUAAACUUACAGAUCAAAGAAAAGAACUAUGGAGAGAAGAUGCACAGCUAGAUACAAAGUUAAUAAAUGCACGUGAACAGUGGAAAAGCAACGAGAGGGCUUUAGCUAGUUCUAUGGACAAGAAAACCAAUAAUGGUCUAAACGCUGUAAAAAGAAUAGUUGAGCAAUAUCGUAUAAAAGGCGUACUUGGACCACUUUAUGAAUUGGUUGAUUGUACAGAUCCAAAUAAAUGGACGGCAGUAGAAGUCACGGCAGGACAAAGUUUAUUUCAUGUAGUUGUAGAUACGGAUGAUACCGCAACUAAAGUAUUAGAUGUAUUAAAUCGCGAACAAAGUGGACGUGUCACAUUUAUGCCUUUAAAUCGGUUGAGAACAAAGACUUUAGAAUAUCCAGAAUCCAACGAUAAAGUGAUACCUAUGAUGAACGUGCUCAAAUUUGAUAAAGCAUAUACCAAAGCAAUUGAGCAGGUAUUUGGUCGAUCGGUAAUUUGUGUCGAUUUAAAUGUCGCGGCAACCUUAGCAAAAUCUCAUGAUUUGGAUGGAAUUACGUUAGAUGGCGAUCGUGUUGAUCGAAAGGGUGCUCUUACUGGUGGUUAUCUUGAUGUUCGUCGAAGACGUUUAGAGGCCGCAACAAAUUUGAAAAAAUGGAGAAAGGAAUACCAAGAUCUUGAUAAUCGUGCAAAAGAUGUGAAGAACGAAAUAACUCUCUUAUCUUUAAAUACGCCUAGAUCAACAGAUUACUCAUAUACUGAGCCAAAUGCAGCUCAUUGAAGCCAGACGUCGACAAGUUCAGGAUAGUCGAGACCCUCUCUUGUUCGAUCUUAAUUCAAAAAUGAAAGAAGAAACAAAUUUGAAAGAAUCUAAGGCUAGCAAAGAAAGGUCUCUUAUAAAUCUUCAUAGUAAUAUUAAGAUGCUUAAAGCGCAGAAAGAAGCGCAUCAAAUGGAAAUGAGUACGGAACUUACACAGACUCUAACCUCGCAAGAGCAAAGGAGACUCGAGGAGUUGAU